AUGCUCUUGACGCCGAUCAGCCAUUUACCCAGCGUCAAGCGAAAGCGCAACCACAGCCGCAUCAGUGACAAAUCUGUGGUCUCCGAAAAGACACGCGCGAAACGGCUGCCUCCAAGUUGUUGGGAUCGACUGCCCAAACUCUCGCUUUCGGGGUACGCCCUUGAAGAGCAGAGACGUCGAUUUGUACACGCGGACGCCACAGCUGCGUCUGGACCGCCACUUAAUGAAGUCGUCGAACUCGGAACGCUGAAUCAAUUCGCAAGGCACGGCGGACCCGAUCUGAGCGAUAUUCGUGGUUCAAACCCGUCGCAGGGAAAGUCUUCAGGGCCAUACGAUGUCAAUUCCGAGGAUAACCUCAUCAAAGGUCAUGUUUAUCUACCUGAUCACGAAUGCGACAACGGGAAAGGGACUUGCACAGCUUGGCCAGAGAAAAUGGCUGAGCUACGUAACCAACUUGUGACUCCGCGGCAUGACCUCACCCUUGACACCUUCACUGUGGAUGAUCACAGAGCAUGGUGCAAGACUCUGGCGCAAGCCAGGACCGAGAUUUCUGUGGGAAACAAGUCCUUCACAGCGACCACUGGUGAUAUGAGUAUACUUGAGGGCGAGGACCUUUUUUGGAAUAAUCUUGAACCCCUCAUUCCUGGAGUACAGCUAAAACAAGCAAAACCUGACUUUUUCGAUAGUACUCAACCCUCGCAACUCUCACAAGUGCUCCUCGACAUGUUUGGAACUCUUAUUAUUCCGUCGAAGCAACCACAGUCGCCCUGUAUGCCAAACCUAAUUACUGAAAUCAAGGGGCCCAAAGGAACCUUCGAUGUCCUCAAUCGCCAGGCUCUCUACUCAGGCGCGUUGGGCGAGCGAGCUAUGCACACCCUUAUGGCGUACGUUGGUUGUGAGAAGGAGGGACUCAACACUAUCCGCACACUAGCCUGCACCUUCAUUGACAGCACUCUCAAAAUUUACUGCCUACAUCGUACGAAGCGCCCCAAAUCAAAUGCCAAACCUCACAUUCAUAUGCAGCAACUGAAGGCUGUUGAGAUGACCGAGAGUGCCGAAGAGUGGAUCAAAGGAGCAACGGUGUACCGGAAUGCGCGCGAGAUGGCGAAAGCUUGGCGAGACGAACUGGUUCGGAAGGCGAAUGCGCAAGCUAACAAGCCCUGCCAUACUGUCCUCAAGGCUGCAACCGUAUCGACAUCUUUUGAAUCGAAUGAGAGUGGAGGCACAAGUGGCACCGCUGGUACCACGAGUACUGACGAAUUAAAUCCCGAAUAUGAGGGAAAGAGGCUGAGAACAGGGUGA